UCGUUUGGUUGGAAACAAGUUACCCCAGAAUUUAUUAUCCUGGGAUUAGUUAUACCGGAUAAGUUAUCCCACCAUGUAUAUGGGAUAACUUAUCCCAACUUAUCCAUCACUAUGAUAUAAAUGGUGUGAUAAGUUAUUCCAAACAUGGCAACGAAACAAACUAUUUAUUUUUAUCCCUCCCACCAAACGACAAGGUUAAGCAUUGGACCUGUUAUAUUUUUUUUUUAAAGUUGUGGGUUUUAUAUCUACUAUUUGUUGUGAUGUUAGUAAAUUUUUACACAAUCAGAAUUACUGGUUCAGAUGUACCUGGUACUGUAAGGUUGGAUCCUCCCCUACGUCUGACUUGUAUGCCAGAUUUAUAAUUUAAUUUCCAUUGGGGUUACACUGUUAGUUGUAACGGAAAGAUGGGUUUAUGCAACGGUGGUCCUUGGUAAAUCAAGGGGGGAAACAAAUAAAAAGGUAGCUAAUUGUGGAAGCUAUCAAGUAUUAGGAAUCCUUUUCAUAUUUUGAACGAGGAAAUGGGGUCGGAGGGGCCAAAAUCUGUGACCAUUCAUGUCACGGGGUUCAAGAAGUUUCAUGGUGUUGCUCAGAAUCCUACGGAGAUAGCAGUUAACAACUUGAAAGAUUAUGUUGAAAAGAGAGGAUUACGUGCUGGUGUGACAUUGGGUAGCUGUACUGUUCUUGAAACAGCUGGAGAGGGUGGACUUCCGGCAUUGUUGAAAGUCAUAGAGGAGUCCUCUUCAGGAAACAGUUCAAAUAAUGGACAAGUCAUAUGGCUUCACCUUGGGGUAAACAGUGGAGCAACGAAGUUUGCAAUUGAGAGGCUGGCAGUAAAUGAAGCUACAUUUCGUUGUGCAGAUGAGCUUGGUUGGCAACCUCAGCGUUUACCUAUUGUUCCAGAAGAUGGAGGAAUACAUCAAAUAAGAAAGACAUCUUGCUCUACUGAGUCAAUCCUAGAGUUCUUAAAGAAGAAAGGAUUUGAUGUGACAAUGUCCGACGAUGCAGGCCGUUUUGUGUGCAAUUAUGUGUACUACCAUUCUCUCCGAUUCACAGAGGAAAAAGGUCACAAGUGUCUCUUUGUCCAUGUUCCCACCUUUAAUAGAGUGAAUCAAGAGAAACAAAUGGAAUUUGUAGCUGCUCUGAUGGAGGCUAUUGCAUCAACUUGUUGAAUAUCAGUACAGUUGGCUUCAAAUGGAAUUCAUAGUUUCACAACUUUCUGUUGUUUGAUUAUGUAAUUCUGAUUUACUUGUAAAUAGACUCCCCAUGUGCAAUGAACAUUACUUGUUCAUGUUUCCAUUGAAGUGGUUUUGUGAUAUAACUUUCUGUUGAUUUAUAAUUGAAGUGGCUUUUAAGCAAGAUUCCAAUUAGUAGGCGUUUGGCUAUAGAUAUAUCUUUCUAC